GCGGUUGAUUUCCCUUACACUGUGUUUACAUUAUAUAUAGUACAUUCAAUGCUGGUAUUGAAUUGAUACCAUAGAAAUGGGGCUCGGACAGGGGGUUGUGUUAUGUCUGUGUUUCUGGACGUCAUAUUCACUGUACAGGAUUCCUCUGAAGAUGUUUGUAGGACAGGUGGAUCCAUCGAUGCUCCUGGUUCCAAAUCUGCUACAACAUCUGGGGAACAUCAGCGCAUCUGGAAACGCACUUUCUCUGGCUUCUGAUCCGGCUGGAAAUGUCAACUUUUUAAGCAUGGUCGAUAAUUUACAGGGAGACUCAGGUAAAGGAUAUUACAUAGAGAUGGUUGUUGGAACACCAGGUCAGACGCUAAACAUCCUGGUGGACACUGGAAGCAGCAACUUCGCUCUGGCUGCGGCACCACACCCUUACGUCACAAAGUUCUUCAACAGAGCACUCUCCAGCACAUACACAACAGGUGGCAAAUCUGUGGCAGCCAAAUACACCCAGGGUGACUGGGAAGGAGAGCUGGGCACCGAUAUCAUCACAAUCCCACAGGGCCCCAACGGCACCUUCGUGAUCAACAUCGUGGCUAUCCUGACCUCGAACGACUUCUUUCUUCCCGGGAUCAACUGGCAGGGAAUCUUGGGACUGGCGUACCCCUUUCUGGCUCGGCCCGACCCAUCUGUUGAGCCUUUUUUCAACUCGCUCGUGGAGCAGACUGGCAUCCCAGAUGUUUUCUCUCUACAGAUGUGUGGAGCGGGGAUCUCCACUGGCACCGUGACCAACCAAGCAGAUGGAAGUUUAAUUAUGGGAGGAAUUGAGCCAACACUGUACCGAGGCUCAAUGUGGUACACCCCUAUUCUAAAGGAGUGGUACUACCAAGUGGAGGUCUUAAAACUGGAAGUCGAUGACCGGAAUUUAAACCUAGACUGCCGGGAGUACAAUACAGAUAAAGCCAUCGUGGACAGUGGAACAACGCUACUGCGUCUGCCUGAAAAAGUAUUCAAGGCUGUUGUGGAGGCCAUCACACAAACAUCACUGAUACAGGAUUUGUCCUCUAGUUUCUUUGCUGGAACCAAGUUGGCUUGCUGGGUAAAAGAAGAGUCGCCAUGGAGGUUCUUCCCCAAAAUCUCAAUCUACCUCAGAGCAACCAACAGCAGCCAGUCCUUCCGCCUCACCAUCCACCCUCAGCUCUACAUCCAGCCUAUCGCAGGCGUCGGCGACGUCCUUAACUGCUUCCGAUUCGGCAUCUCUCCAUCGGCGAACGGCCUGGUGAUCGGUGCGACGGUAAUGGAGGGCUUCUACGUCAUUUUUGACCGGGAACGUAAAAGGGUGGGAUUCGCUGCGAGCACCUGCGCUGUAAGCGCCGGCGUACCCGUGUCUGAAAUAGCCGGCCCGUUCCUGGCAGACGGCGUGGCGUCCGACUGCGCGAGCGAUCUCCCGUGGCAAGAACCUGUGCAGUGGGUGGCGGCCUACGCCCUGCUGGCGCUGUGUGCACUGGUACUGAUCGUCCUCCUGGUACUGAUCGCGCCUCCGUGCAGAUGCCGGCGGCGGGACGGAGAGAUGACGGACGAGUCGUCGCUGGUCCGCAAUCGUAUCAAAUGAUGCUGGGACAGAGACUCGGCCUGAGAAAGACUGAGAGGAUGUCGGGCUGGGAGACGAGCGCUCUAGUAGGAAUAAAUACAAUAUAGAAGGAAUCUUAUGUACAGAGUUUGGAGGAAGUUGUUUUUUGACUCUCUGUUUGCUUUGAUUAUUGCAUUUUUUGACAUUGGAUCAUCAAACGAAGCAUAUUACAGCAAAUUUUGUUAAACAAUUUUACUCAUUUAAUAUUUUAAUACAAUUAUGUACUAUCAA